UCAUGAUUAAAAAUUUUUUAGGCCAGUGAUUAAGAAGAAGUUUGUAUCCAUAACUCAGCAGCUUCUUGAAGGAAAAGAAUCCGCAAGUUCACCCGAUGAAGGUUCAUCAAUUAAAAAGUCUGGAGCAGAUUUUAUACGGGGAAAAUAUUUUGAAAAUGUAAAGGAAGACGAGAUAAAGAAGAACAAGAUCAAAAUUACUGUUUGCCUUCAGAUUCCGAAUGGUGACCGGUUAUCACAAGAGUUUCCCUCGUACUACAGCUUAUAGGAUGUCAUCUCUUCCUGGGCGGAUAUGCUGGGAGAUGGAUCAGAGGGCGAGGAAGGUGUGGUGGUGUGUAUGGGAAAUGAAUUUGCAGGGUCAACUAUCAGAACAACAACUCUAAAAAAUCUUCAGCCAGUGAUGGGUAAAGUUGAUAUCAGAUUUUUCUACAAGAAACCAAAGGUGAAGGGUCAAGCCAGGGAGACUUUUGUGAAGGAUGAUGAGGAACCUGAUGUUCGUCACCUGUCAGAGUAUAGAGAUGAACCAGGGGCCAGUAUUUCGUUCUCACGUAGGAGUAGUCUUCUCUCCCCACCUGUAACUGAUACAAGCAAUAUGAAGGAACCAGAUCUAUUCCCAGUUUUAUCAAAGGAUUGUAACAAG